UUGAUCAUUUUUAAAACGUCCCGCACGUACUUUAGCAAGUGGAGGAGGAGUUUACGUCUGAAUCAUGAAUAAAACCAUCUGUCAAGCUUGAAAAGUUUGUAUUUGCGUGCCUUAGGAGCAAACGGAGCCGUGCCCCGCAGGCAGCAGCCAGGAGCCUAGCUUUGCCAUGAGGACCGGGAUGAAGCUCGCCAUGUUGCCGCUGCUUUUGGUGGCAGCUGUUUGCGGAUCCAUCGCCCAAAGCAACGCCAGCAAGCAGCCGCAGCAGCAGUCCAGUGUCUGGGACAACACCAUCAGAUUCAUCACCAAGGCAAAGGACUCGUGCACCAUGGGGGUGUCCGGAGCGGGAAACUUCACCCGUCUGCGUGUCUCCUGCAGAUCCCGGAGCCAGCCUACAGGGCGCUCCUACUAUUGUGACUUUCAGGGCCAACCGAACCAAUGUGGAGCCUACAACAAGAACCCUCGGCACUACUUCAUCCAGAUGAUGUGGGAGCUGAGGAAGCUGAAGAACGCCUGCCAGGGAGCCAAAAUCUACCGCCCUCAUAUGUGCAGAAAGUACUCUGAUGAGGCUCAGAUGACCUUUAUGACCUCCUGGCCCAAGACUUCAGCUCCAAAGUCUGAAAAGCCCGGUCAGGAGCAAGGCAAACCAGCAGCGCCAACAGUGCAGAACAAACCCACCGCUACCCAUAAACCCACAAAGCCGCAGCCUCAGCCUCACCCAGAUAAACCUCCAAGUGGCAGAAGCUCCCAGGGCAAGAGAAGCACCCCCAAACCAGCAAAGACCACUUCCCAUCCCACCGAGGAGCCGGCGUCUAGGGCAUCCCGCCUUGCCAUGGAGUACUGCUGGAAGAGCUUCCAUGGCCUCUGCAGUUUUGUCAUUGGCUGGUUCCAAAACUGAGAUGCAACUCAGAUUGGAAUUACUAACCUGACAACACAGACUCCUGUCUUUGAACUCUCGUCACAAAAUCAUCUGAAAAUGAGUUAUCAAUAAAUAAUGAUAAUAAUGUGGAAAGAAACACGACGAGCCAAAGGGAGAAGCUCGCCUUGGUGUAUUUCUGUUGUAUUUCUGUUGCUACUGUCAUCCCAGAUGUCAUGUCAAUGUUUCAGCAGCAUGUAUCCUGAGCAAAGAAUAAACAGAAGAGUGGCGACA